UCAUUGUCAACCGCGGUGGAGCUCUCUCUCCCGUCCACAUCUUGCUCCGUCAACCAUGAUCCCCCCUGCGAUCCCUCGAUCCUCGCGCACAAUCCUCUAUUCAAGCGGCUCUAUGAAAAUCUAACGACCACGCUUUUCAAUCCCGAUGGCUCGACGCGUGCGCACGGCGCGCUCCCGGAGCGAGAACGCGCGGUAGAGGACUUGAAACAAUGCCAGAAGCAAUAUGCAAAGAAGCGGAUCAAGAAGCGAAUGCUGCGGCAGUUGGCGUUUGCUCCUGACAGCGGGUUGCCCAAUGAGGUCAGUAUCGUCGUCCGUCACUGGGAAUGGACCCUUUGUCGCGCCUGCCGGGAUAAUCUCGCCAUAAUUUCGCUGUACCUUGAGACACCGCGUGCCGCAAUCGACACCGACAGACCCAAGCAAGAAAAACAAGGCGCCCAAAACUCGGAGGAGCAAGAUGACGAUGACGCCCUCUCACUACUCGCACCAGACAUCGAAACAUUCCACUCAUACAUCCCAUCCGUUACGCACUCAUUCUCUACCCUCCUCUCGUCAUCCGUCAACAACCUCCGAAACCUAGCCACUGCACAACCAACCACGUCCCCAGAAACAACCUCAACAGGAACAGGAGGAGUUCCCACCUCAUUGUCACGAAGCAUCCAUGCCCCAGCACAUCUAAGCCACCACGCGCGCGCACGAGCCCGCGACCGUCGAGUCCGCACAUCCAUUGCCUCCGCGCCGCCAGUCUCGAAUGUCCUCCGUGACCGGGUGCGCGCGUUGCGCCAGAUCCAACUGUUCGAGUUGCCCACAGCUAGACGACAGAUGGCCGCUACAGCGGCGGAUGUGCUUGCGACCCGAACGCUGGUUUUGGAGAGGACCGUUAUUACCCUCGAGCGGGUUAAGCAUGGUGCCUUGGCGCGGGCGACGAAGGCCAAGGCGGAACAUUUGGCUACCGUUGCGCAGGGGGUUGAGGGGAAACUUGAAGUCACUAAGCUCGAAGUCGCCGCUACCAUAUAUACACCUGAAGCCCUGGCGGCACUCACCCGGUACCGAGAUCACCUCAGCCAAACGCGCGAUCAGCUCGAAGAACGGCGGGUGAUGGCGAUUGAAGAGCUCCGGGAUUACGGGGAUGUGGAGGUGUCUGAUGGAUCGGGGACACAGUCUGUGGGUGAUGGCGGGACUCUUGCGGAGAUUGCUCGUCGAUAUGGAGUGCUCGCCCGA